UUUUUUUUUCCUACUAAAUACUCUUUUUUUUUUCCUUGCGCUCCUCUCCUUCUCUUUUCUUAUUUCUUCCCAACUUCUCAAAGCUCUAGGAUUUUUCACUCCGUUCCUAGAAUGCUUGGAUACAACUAUUGUCGGUGACGAAAGCUUGGCCUGGUGAAGGCAUUAACUGACAAGCAUCGUCUUGUCCUAUCUCAUAAUGGCUGACGCUGCACCUGUUGUUGCGGUGCCAUCGCCGGACGAAGAGUUGUUGACGAAAGCUGCGGCGUUGACAGUGCAAGAGGAAGUCUCAACAACUGCGCUGCCUCCCCACCGAAGCCAUGAUCCGCAGAACAACUUGAAGAGAACCGAUCCCUUUCAGUUUGGAUCUCGGUACCUUCAAGAAAAUGACGAUGUCUUCGAGUUCAACGCUUGGGAUCAUGUGGAGACUGACGACACGUACAAGGAGUACGCAGAGCAGCAGUUUGCCAUGCAGCGAGAGUCGCCAGUCUCCGACUUUGAUAAACAUAGGUUUAACUCGGACCCAGCGAAGUGGUGGAAUCUUUUCUAUAAGAAUAACACCGCCAAUUUCUUCAAAAAUCGCAAGUGGUUACAACAAGAAUUCCCCAUACUUGACAAGGUUACCGCUGAAGAUGCUGGCCCAGUCACCAUCCUGGAAGUCGGCGCUGGUGCCGGUAACACUGCGUUCCCCAUCCUAGCCAGCAACAAGAACCCCAAGCUGAAAGUGCAUGCUUGUGACUUCUCCAAGAAGGCUGUUGAAGUGAUGCGUAGCCAUGAAGCCUAUAACCAGGACUUCAUGCAAGCCGAUGUGUGGGAUGCCGCUAGCGACGAGCUCCCUCCGGGACUGGAAGAGAGCAGCGUAGAUGUCGUUCUCAUGGUCUUCAUAUUCUCGGCCCUGUCUCCGAGGCAGUGGGAGCAGGCUGUCCGAAAUAUAUAUCGAGUACUCAAGCCAGGUGGUGAGGUUUGCUUCCGCGACUAUGGCAGAGGUGAUCUAGCACAGGUUCGGUUCAAGAAAGGUCGGUAUCUGGAAGAGAACUUCUACAUUAGGGGUGACGGCACACGAGUGUACUUCUUCGAGAAGGAUGAACUCGCUGAGAUAUGGACCGGUGUAACUGCGGUUCCCCAAGAUGGGACAGAAGCUGAUGAAACUAAAGAGUCAAUAGAGUCAAAGUUGGCGAAAGAGUCGCUCUUUGAGGUUGAGGAGCUGGGAGUGGAUAGAAGAAUGCUCGUCAAUAGGGCAAAACGGCUUAAAAUGUAUCGUUGCUGGUUACAGGGCCGCUUUAGAAAGAAAUAGAUGAUCUUUGCCAUG